CUUUAUCGACCUAUUAAUGGUACGAUUAAACCAAUCUAAACGCAACUUUACUAGAGAAAAUGCUGGCGAUGUCGUUUGUCAAAACAGGGAGAAAUGUUCUUUCAAUGUGCAGAAAUGUGAAGUUCAAUAUUCAAACUGGGAUGAAAUAUGGAAUAAGCAAUGCUCUUCAAAAUCGUUACAUACCAUCUCUGUCUUAUUCAAGUUUCUCAGAUUGCCUUUGGAGAGAAGGAAAAAACUCGAGUAUUACACAGAACACUCUACUGACUGUACCAUCCUCUACCAAUUUAAACCAAGUGCGAUAUUUAAAACAACCAAGACAUCCCAACAAGAAAAUUACUUACCCAUACAACAAGUACAAAUUCAGUGGCUGGAAGAGGAUUCACAAGUUUGGACUUGAAGCCAGACUCUCCAGUGUAUCACAGAAAGAAAUCUUGUGGAGAAGGCUGAUCAAAGGACGGUCUAAUUUAACAGUUUGUGAUCGACUUCUUGAUCACAGUAAUCGAACAGUUCCGAAUAGACAGAAGGUCCACUUAAUGAAAGUUGGGAAGAAAAACAACUUUCCACUGUAUUCAUAUAAACCGCCUGUAUUCAAAUUCAGAGACUGAAUAAAAAAGAGGCCAAUUUA